AUGUCGAUUUUUGGAUUUCUCGAUAGAGGUGAAGGCAGUGGUCGGCGAAUUACAGUUUCCUACCCCUCCAGAUUUAGCGAAGGUCGUGGAAUUUGUCUUGAUUGUUACGAUGGAGAGAUCCGUUUUGUUUCUCUCUCACUUUCUUCAAGGCUUCUUGUUGGCAGUGAAGAUCUCACAUUUAACCCUAAUUAUACUCUCCGCUUAUGUUCAUGUGUUGAAGAUUACAAGAUCAAGAUCUGUAAGAGUUCCUUAUUUUCUCAUAUAAAUGCCAAGAGGAAGAGGUUCAGAAAUGGCUCAGAGAGUGUCAACCAGAGUGCACAUUCCGAGCCGAUUAACCAGAAGAAGCUCGGAACGCGAAUUGCAGGGUUGGAGACUCAACUGGAGCAAGCUCAAGGUGAGCUCAAGAUUCUUAAAGAUCAGUUGGCGUCAGCUGAAGCCGCAAAGAAAGAAGCUCAAAAGGAACUCGAAAAAAGGACCAGAAAGCCGCCGGUGGUCGUUUCAGAGCCUGAAACACGGUCGUCACCAAGCGAAACACAGGAUUCAAACAAAGAGAUCAGUCAAGAAGACGAAAUCCCAGAUGAGAUUCAGAACGAAACUGAUGUUUUUGAAGUCCCAAUUGAAAUGGUUACUCAAUCGUGCGAUCUGAAUGAGGUCAAAACCAAAGAAUCGAGCGUAUCACAUGAAUCACCAGAAAAGCUUCGUUCCGACGACGAAGAGGUAAGUCUACUGAAACUGAAAAUCGAAGAGAAGGAGAAGGAUUUAGAAGCAUUCCGACAAGAAAACGAAAGUCUAAAACUUCAACUAAGUGAAGCUAAUGUGGAGAUAUCAUCUGGUAAAUCAAAAGAAGAGAAAACGACUCUGAAGAUGACGCAGCUUGAAGAAGAGUUGAAAAGGAGUAAAAACGAUGGGAUCGAACUGAAGGAGAAGCUGAAAGAGGUUGAAGGAGCAAAAGAGGUGUUGGAAACAGAAAUGAAGAAGCUGAGAGUACAAACAGAGCAGUGGCGGAAGGCGGCAGAUGCAGCAGCAGCCAUUUUAUCCGGUGGGGUGGAGAUGAACGAUGGAAGACGAGUUUCUGAAAGAUGUGGUUCAAUGGAUAAACAUUACGGCGGCGUGUUUGAUGGGUACGGUGGUUUUGUGGGUUCACCGGGGAUGGGUGAUGAUUGUGACGAUGGAUUAGGGAAUGGGAAGAGAAAGGGUUCUGGGAUUAGGAUGUUUGGUGAUUUGUGGAAAAAGAAGGGACAGAAAUAG